UAGGGGAGCUACUUCAGCUGGAGCGAACAGUAGUGACCUUCAUCUCAUCUCACGCACGAAACUGGGAAACUAGCCACAUUGCACCAUGGCAAAGGCUCUCUUUGGUUUACUGCUCACUUGUUUUUUUCUGGAAGCCAUGAUUGCUUCAUUUAAGGAGGAAGAGCCUUGCUCCCUGGAUGUUGCUGUCCUGAUAGAUGUGUCAAAAAGCAUGGACAGUGAAGAACGAGAUCAGCUAACCGACAUCUUCAAUAAGAUUGUGGACAAAUUGGGAGUAUCUCCAACAGGGAGUCACAUGGCCCUUAUAACCUUUGGAUCGGAUGCCAAGAGCAGUUUUACAUUUGCAGACAGAAAUUACCACAAUGCCGACACCAUAAAAGCAAAGGCAGCGGAGGCAAUAUCUGAUUUACAGAAACAAGACGGAACCCGUACAGACCUUGCCGAAGACCUGGCAGUGAAAGACGUGUUCACCAGCAGAGGAGGAGAUCGACCCAGUUUCGGCAAUGUAAUGAUUAUUCUUACAGAUGGAAAAUUUUGGAUCAAUGAAACAUGGGAUAAAAGGGCAGAAGUUGACUUCAAUGUCACAACGGGAAUCUUGAAGAGAAGAGGGGUGAAAAUAAUCGUCGCAGGUAUCGGUGAUGAAUUAUCCAGUGAUGAUGCUGAUGAGAACUUGGAAAAGGUAGCAGGGGAAGAUGGAGAAAUAUCCAAAUAUGCGAAUUUCACGGAGCUCUCCAGUAAACUCAAUGAUAUAAUGAGGAAAGUCUGUCGAUGCCCAGUAGAUCUGGCGUUUGUUUUCGACUCUUCAGGUACUAUUGGGAAGGGUGCUCUGGAUGACGCAAAGAUGCUUGUAAAGAAAAUGGUAAAAGGUCUAAAACUAGGAGCAGAUGAGUCUCGAGUAGCUCUGGUUGUGUUCGCUGAUAAAGUUGAGGUUAAGGCUCGAUUCAGUGAAAACUUAAGCGUCAAACAAUUUCAGGAUAUGGUACAAAACAUGAAAAGCAUCGGCAGCAUCGGCCGCCGAACACGAAUCGACAAGGCCCUGGUAGAAACAAAACAAGUGUUUAAAGAGGGAAGAGAUGACGUGUAUAAGAUUGCAGUGGUGCUGACUGAUGGUAUACAAUCCAAAGACCGCGACACUAAAAGCUUGCUAAGUACCUCUGAGCCCUUGCGAAGAGCAGGUGUCCGUGUGAUAGCCGUGGCAAUAGGAACUCAGGCGUCUAAAGGCAGACUAAGGCUGAUGACCGAUUCAAUGGACGACGUAAAGGAGGAAGAUGAAGCCCUGGAAUAUUUCCAGCAGCUAUUUGACAAACCAAACCAGAAUCUCUGUGUUCCUUCACCAAGCAAACCUCCUUUUCCAGAACCCGAAGUUUGCAGUGACUCUGUAUCUUGUGGACAGCAUAGCAAAACUGUUCCCCCAUUUUGCGAAACCGAUUAUGCAGCAGAAAAUUGUCCGAAGUUUUGCGAUCUUUGCAAUCGUCUGGGCAUGACAGUGUAAAAGAAGUGAACAGGCUAAAAGACAUUGACGACGCCACGAGAUUACGCCAUUUGACAACGCCUAAAACCGCAUUUAAUCAAGUUUAAUGAAAGUCUUAACAUUUUCUUAAAAUAAAUAUAAAGGGAUGAGUAUCAGGAAAUGAAAGUUGUAAAACAUUGUUUAAGUUAAACUAAAUAAACGAUGAAAAAAAAAUGA